CGGAAGUGUUUUAAAGUCAGACGCAGCCACGCUGCCGGAAGCUUCACUGCCAUGGGCCGCAACAAGAAGAAGAAGAGAGAUGGAGACGACCGGCGGCCCCGGCUCGUCCUCAACUUUGAUGAAGAGAAGCGGCGGGAGUACCUGACAGGCUUCCACAAGCGGAAGGUAGAGCGCAAGAAGGCGGCCAUUGAAGAGAUAAAGCAGCGGCUUAAGCAAGAGCAGAAGAAGCUUCGGGAAGAGCGCCACCAGGAGUACCUGAAGAUGCUGGCAGAAAGAGAGGAAGCACUAGAGGAGGCAGAUGAGCUGGAGCGGCUGGUGACAGCGAAGACAGAGUCGGUGCAGUAUGACCACCCCAAUCACACAGUCACCGUGACCACCAUCAGUGACCUGGACCUCUCAGGGGCCCGGCUGCUAGGUCUGCCCCUGCCUGAGCAAGGGGACCAGGAUGGGUCCCAGGAAGAAGAGAUGUCAUCCCUAGAAAAGCCAACAAAAGCCUUGCCCAGGAAGUCCAAAGAUCCCCUGCUCUCUCAGCGCAUCUCCUCCCUCACAGCUACACUGCACGCACACAGUCGGAAGAAGGUCAAGAGGAAACACCCUCGGCGGGCACAGGACUCCACCAAGAAACCUCCAAGUGCCACUCGUACCAGCAAGACCCAGCGCCGCCGACGGAUGACUGGAAAAGCCAGGCACAACGGGGAGUGAGCCCUCAAGCCUGGGGUCCCAGCUUGAGUCCUUGGCUAUCCCUGUAAUCCAGCUACACCGAGGGUUACCUGCAGCCUAAGCCUGAAAAUCAGGACUUUGCCAGCCAGGGUCAUCCUUCGAACCACCUGGGGUUUGAGCCCAGAAGGAACGGGCUUCUGAGAGCCGGGGUUCCCAGAGCCUGCAGACCAGUGUUGGGGCUCGUUCACAGUGUACAUCCACCUGGGACUGAAGAGAAAUUUGAAACUCC